AUGGAUGCCCAAGCUUCUCCACCAUCACCAACCUCAAUUCCUAUUGCUUCCUCACCUUCACAACAAGGUCAAUGCCCCAUAGAUAGCUUAAAGUUAAGGGACUGUGUUGGUCUUUUAGGGUUGAUUAAUUAUGGAAAUCCACCUUUUGGUGGUAAAUGUUGUGCUUUAAUAGAUGGUUUGGUUGAUUUGGAAGCAGCAACUUGUCUUUGUAUCGCACUUAAGGCAAAUGUGCUUGGAAUCAACUUGAAUAUACCUAUCAGCCUCAGCAUAAUUCUUAGUGCUUGUCAAAAAAAUGUUCCUCCUGAAUAUAAAUGUGUCUAA